CUUAAAUACCUAAUAAAAAGCUCAUAUCCCAAGUCUCUCAAUAUAGUCAAGCAUUCAAUAAGACACAACAACCACCAAACUCAACUACACUCUUCAAAAUCAUUAUAUAAACACCUCGAACUCACACCUAAAACCAUAACCAUUUCCCAAACAAAUUAUGGGUAAUAUGAAGUUUGCAUGUGUUGUUAUGAUAUGCAUGGCUGUGUUAUAUGCACAACAUGGAGAAGCAAUUACAUGUCCACAAGUCUCAAGUAACCUUGUACCAUGUGUAACUUAUCUUCAGAGUGGUGGUGCUGUUUCGACGCGGUGUUGUAACGGUGUUAGAAACAUCGUCAGCGCUGCUAGGACCACCGCUGACCGUCGUGUUACUUGCAACUGCUUGAAGUCAGCUGCUGCUGCUUACAGGAGAAUCAACCAAGGCUAUGCUGCUGCACUCCCCGGAAAAUGUAGGGUUUACCUUCCCUUCAAGAUCAGUGCUUCCUUCAAUUGUGCUAGUAUCAGGUGAAAAAGUUAUGAAUGUUGAAUCUAGGGCAAGAAACUAUAUAUGGCAACAGCUACUACAAUAUGCGUUAUUUAACUUCAUGUGAGGGACAAGGUCUACGUUUAUGUGAUAGCUAUAGUUUUCUCUUUUAUUUAAGAGUGUCUGUUAGUUUUUAACCAAUUCUAUGUACUUUUGUUUUAUGAAGACUUCUAUGUACUUUUAUAUA